GAGCCACAGUGUCAGGGAACACAAACACUCUCCUACAGACUCCUUUCCUUUCUGUGCUACACCACAUAAAAGCGAGAUAUGGCUACUGCUGCUGGCAGCGUACUGACAGAGGAGCAGCUUCUUUGCCCCAUCUGUCUGGAUUUGUUCAACCAACCAGUCUCCACUCCUUGCGGGCACAAUUUCUGCAGGGACUGCAUACAAGGAUACUGGCAGUGUGCUAAUCUGUCGCAGUGCCCCAUGUGCAAGCAAAAGUUCUACAGGAGGCCUGAGCUCAAGGUUAACACCUUCAUAUCUGAGGUGGCUUCUCAGUUCAGGAAGUCAUCAGGGAAGAAAGAUGAAAAUGGAGCCAGCACUGUGGACCAAUAUUCAGGCAGUAAAGGAGAGGUUUCAUGUGAUGUGUGUGUUGGAAAAGGAGUCAAGGCUCUUAAAUCAUGCCUGGACUGUUUGGCCUCCUUCUGUGAGACGCACCUAGAGCCCCAUCAUGUGCUAGGCACCUUCAAGAAACACCGCCUGAUCAACCCCAUGAUGAACAUGCAAGACAGAGUGUGUGAGAAGCACGAGAAGCUCCUGGACUUGUUCUGUUACACUGACCAGGCGCAUGUGUGCCAGAUCUGCAUUAAGAAAGACCACAGUGCUCAUUACAUUGUACCCAUAGCGGACGAAAGCAGAGACAGGAGAGCUCAGAUUGAAAGGAUAAAUGCAAAGGUGGAGGAAAUGAUUCACGGCCGACUUGAGAAAAUCAGCGAAAUCAAUCAAAGCGUUCAGCUCAGCAGAGGAAACACAGAAAGAGAGAUUGAGGAGAGUUUGCAAGUCUUCAACAACCUCCUCCACUCUGUCCAGAAAGGCCAAGCUGAGCUGGUGGAGGUGAUUGGUGCAAGGCAGAAGCAAGUUGAAGGCAAGGCCAGAGGUCUCAUCAUGGAGCUGGAGCAGGAGAUCGAGGAGCUGAGGCGGAGAAACACGGAGCUGGAGCAGCUCUCACACACUGAAGACGACCUCUACCUCAUGAAGAGCUUUCCAGUUUUCUCCGCACUGCCAGACACCAAAGACUGGUCUGACACCUGUGUGGAGAGCGCUGUACAUGUGGGCACGGUGAGGAGAGCAGUGAGGAGAGUAGCAUGUCAGCUGGAGGAGAUGGUAAAAGCUGAGGUGAAGAGGCUAUGUGAGACUGAAUUCCAGAGGGUUCAGCAGUUUGCUGUGGACGUGACUCUUGACCCUGACACAGCUCAUCCCAAACUGGUGCUGUCUGAAAACAGGAAACAGGUCUAUCAUGGCGAUGUAGCGCUGAACCUCCCGGACAACCCAGAGAGAUUUUACCCUGGUGUCAGUGUCUUGGGAAAGGAGGGGUUCUCCUCUGGCAGGCUGUACUAUGAGGUCCAGGUGAAGGGGAAGACAGAGUGGGAUAUUGGAGUUGGGCUUCAAUCUGUCAACAGAAAAGGAGGGAAUAUGCUAAACCCCGAAACAGGCUACUGGGCUCUGGGGAUGAGAAAGGACAACAGCUACUGGGCCCUCAGCAGCACUCCUAUCCGGGUGCCGCUGACUGGGAAGCCCCAGAGUGUCGGGGUGUAUGUGGAUCUGGAGUGUGGGCAGGUUUCUUUUUACAACGUGGACUCUGCUUCUCAUAUCUACUCAUUCACCGGAUACACGUUCACUGAGAGAGUUUUUCCUUACUUUAACCCUCGACGUAAUCAUGGCGGGGUCAACUCUGCUCCUCUGAUCAUCUUGCCUGUCUACAACUGAAAUCUGACAUUUCAACUCUUCUGUAUAUUUUAUAAUUUCUCUUUUUUUAAAUAAAGUUAGCAAAGGUCAAGUAUGUUUGCUGCUCUGUUUGCCUUAAUAAAGUUUAUUUAGUCAUCUGAAUCCUGUCUUCUGUUGCUUUUACAUCUAUCAUUUAGAAAGAGAAUUCAGAACAAGUAAUGCACAUGUAUUUGAGCUACACCUGCAAAGAUAUAGACUUGAUUUAAAGUGGUUUUCAUGUGUGUGUGCAGGUGGCAGUGGAGCUCCCGAGGCGUUCUCUUUCUCCAGUGUUAAGUGC